AUGAAGCUCACUCUGCAAAACCUCAGCGCCCUCCUACUAGCCUCCCUACCCCUGAGCACAGCUAUCCUUCCCCACUGCGACAACCAAGGCUGGGACUGGGCAUACUACAGCAACCCCCUGCACAACGAUGGUGAGAACUACCCCGGGUUCCGCGCGGACCUCUACAAGACCCGCAACCCAGUCUAUUCCGGCGUAACGCCCUGGAUCGGAGGCCGUCUCGGCUACACGGACGCCAACCCCGAUACCAGUACCUUUUACGGCUCCCCUGUCGAGCUCAACAGCACGUACUUCGCCCUGAACCACCACGCAUACCUGCAUGCCUGCGAGGGCGGCACCUGGCAAUUUGAUAUCACAUCUGUCGACGACGUCGCCUUCGCCUGGAUCGGCGAGACAGCAGUCUCCGGGUGGACUGGCGCGAAUGCUGACGCGAAGGCUGCAUGGACGUUUGUGGGCAAUGGUAACAACCACUGCGGCUCUGCCAGUGUCAGGAAGGACCUCGAGGGCAACCGUUUCCACCACUUGCGUUUCGUCUUCGCGAAUGGUCGGUGGGGCGGCCUCUUUAACCUUACUGUUACGAGUCCAAGCGGUAUCAUCAUGCACCGGUCCGGCCGAGACAGCGAUUGGAUCGUCCGGUAUUCAUGCGGCUUCGACACGUCAGCCUCCCGCUUUCCCGACUUUGGGUCGGAGUCGUGA